ACACACACAGACACACCUCGCUCUAUAUCUCUCACUCACAAAUGCCAGGACACUCAUACGCAUGCAAUCCAAUAACCACAGCUCCAUCAGUCCGACCCGAUUACCGCUACUGGUGGCAGUACCGCUCCGAGACAUAAAGCUGGGUGCCCGCUGGGAGAGGAGCUCCUGCUGGCUCUUUAGCACAAAGGAGAGGUGAGGGGAUAUCCGGGGACUCCAUUUGGGAGGCGCUAGAUAAUUCAAUAGCAUUGCUCUCAGGAGCAGAGACUGGUGAGGGAAGGUGAGUGAAUGCACUUCGGUCCAGCUGCUGUUUUUGGUGCUGCUGCUGCUGCGGGAAGAGGAGGAGGAGAAGGAAGCCCAGUGACUGGAGAGGCUGGAGGACCAGCGCUGGUACACCAUCCUGCACAGACUCAGCCAGAGUAGACAGCCGGCGGUGACCAGGACACCUCCAGGCUCACAUGUGGAGGGAGUGUUGUGCAAGUUGUAGUCCUGGGUGUCCGGCCCAGUGAUUCGACCCCAGACAAGAGACGAAGGAAGAGGAAGAAAGGACGGUCAUGGGGGUGAGCCUGGGCCAGGAUGUAGGCUGGCUACUGCCUUUCCUUUUCUUGCUACUAAUGAUCACAGUGUCACCUGCCCAAAGCCAAGGAUGUCCCCAGCGUUGUGAGUGCAUUGCCAAGCUCAAGACUGUGUCUUGUUAUGGCAAACGCCUGUCUGCACUGCCAGAUGGAAUCCCACUGGACACCAAGAUCCUUGACGUAAGUGGGAAUAAACUUCGUUGGGUAGAACAUGGAGACCUGCUUCCAUAUUCACGUCUUGAAAAGCUGGACCUAAGUGAGAACAUGAUCAGUGUCCUGGAACCAAAUGCUUUUUCUAGCCUUCAGAACCUUAAGUCCCUUUCACUGAGGGGUAACCAACUGAAGUUGGUCCCUAUGGGGGCAUUCUCACGUCUCUCCAACCUAACUUCAUUGGACCUUAGUGGAAAUAAGAUUGUAAUUCUUUUGGACUUUACUUUCCAAGACUUAAAAAAUUUAAAGAACUUGGAAGUUGGAGACAAUGAUUUAGUUUAUAUCUCUAACAAGGCCUUUCUCGGUUUAGUGGGACUGAGGGAGCUGACAAUUGAGAGGUGUAACCUGACUUCGGUGUCCAGCCAGUCUUUGUCUUACCUGCAUAACCUGGUGACUCUGCGGCUCCGCUACCUCAGUAUCCCUGCCUUAGAGGACCAGAACUUCCGGAAGCUGGGAAACUUGAGGGGCCUCGAGAUCGAUCACUGGCCCUUUCUGGAGUACAUCUCUCCUCACAGCCUGCAGGGUCUGAACUUGUCUUGGCUGUCUAUCACGCACACCAACAUCACCUCUGUGCCCACCUCUGCCCUGCGUAGUUUGGCUCACCUCACCAGCCUCAACCUAUCUUACAACCCUAUCACUGUGUUGGAGUCCUGGGCACUGCGAGAUCUAGUCAGGCUGAAGCACCUUCAUCUUGUCAAUACUAACCUGGUAGUAGUGCAGCCAUAUGCUCUUGGUGGUCUAAGGCAAAUCCGCCUUCUUAACCUUUCCUCUAACAGCCUGGUGACCCUAGAGGAGGGAGCCUUUCAGUCUGUCAACACUCUGGAGACACUACGUUUGGAUGGAAAUCCUCUGGCCUGUGACUGCCGUUUACUCUGGAUCCUUCAGCGCAGGAAGACCCUGAAUUUUGAUGGUGCUUCCCCAGUGUGUAUGACACCUGUUGAAGUGCAAGGACGUGCUCUCAAUGCUUUCUCUGAUUCAGCUCUCUUUGACCACUUUACUUGUCAGAAGCCCAAAAUCCGAAACAGGAAACUGCAGCAGAUAUCUGCCCGUGAAGGGCAGGUGGUGUCAUUUAUUUGCAGAGCAGAAGGUGAGCCAACACCAGUGAUAUUCUGGAUUUCUCCUCAGCGCCGCCGCAUCACCACAAAGAGCAGCGGCCGCCUGACUGUGUUACCAGAAGGCACAUUAGAAAUACGCUAUGCCCAGGUAACAGAUAGUGGAACAUACAUUUGCAUAGCCAGCAAUGCUGGUGGAAAUGAUACAUAUUUUGCCACACUUACAGUGAGCGGGCUGCCACUAGAUGCAGCCCUUAUGGCCAACCGCACCUACUAUGCUGGGGAUCUUAAUGACACAAAUCUGAAUGAUACUAGAGUCUUCUUGAAGUUUACUCUGGACCUCAAGACGAUCCUCAUAUCUACAGCUAUGGGCUGUAUCAUGUUUUUGGGAGUCGUCCUUUUCUGUUUCAUUCUGCUAUUUGUGUGGAGUCGAGGGAGAGGACAGCACAAAAACAAUUUCUCAGUAGAAUAUUCUUUUAGAAAAGUGGAUGGACCUGCAGCUAGUGGAGGACAAGGUGGAGCGCGGAAGUUCAACAUGAAAAUGAUUUGAUUGUUUGGAACGCUUGCUUUUUAGUAUUCUUUUCUCAGUGCUGUUUAUAAGCAGACAAAGAGGAACAGUAAAGAUUUUAAACUGGACUGCUGUGCUCGAAGAACGUCAACAUCAAAUCAGUAGGACAGUUUAUUAUUUUUUAAAACUUUUGUUAUGAAUAAAAGGCAAUCUGUGAGACUUUGACAUAUUUCUAUAGCUCUUUAUUGUGUAUUCACGUUAUUGUGCAGAGGAAAUCUGUAUCAUCAUAAAUGUGUUUAAACCUUGAAUAGAUGUUAAAAGACCAAGCAGCAGAAUCACUCAGUCCCGCCGGUCUUCAACCUCAACAAAGCUUUGGCCAGCUCCAUUCGUACUGCCUACAAGGAACUCUGUCCUCUUGAUCUUAAAAGGACUCCACCUCUCUCCCCCAUCUGCACUGUCUCCAAACUGAUGAAUACAUAAUAACAGGGUGGUGCUCAGUGAAUGCCAAGGACUUGCCAAUAUGUAUUUUAGUAGUUCCAGCUAUAUACUGCAUAUUUAGACUUAUUUACAGUCAUGAGUUGAGAGCAAUAUAGUGGCUCUGCUUGAAAACAUUUUGCUGAUGGUUGGGUUUGCACAGAAUAUAUUACACCUAGAGACUACGCUCUGCAACACUGCCAAUUUGACUGCAAAGCACCAUGUAAUGUCACUAAUAGUCCAAAGGCAUGGUAAAGAAACGUUACAGUGCAUACUGCUAGAAGUUAUUUAAAGACGUUUUAAACAAAAAAUUACAUUCUAUGGAUUUUAAGCUACAGUGGGACCCAAUGCACAGUUGUGUGGUGACAAAUCAGUACAUGCCAGUACACAUUUGCUAGUUAGAUUCCCCCAUUGUUGUUCUGUAAAGAGUUUUACCCUCCUAACCUGAAAACAUGUAUAUAAGAGUAAAUGCAUGUACAGAGUUGGCUUCUUACUUUGAAUAACUUGUACUAUUUGUAAAGUAAACACUCAUAGGGGUGCAUAAAAUGUAUUAUAUAUUUUGUAAUGACUGACCUUGAAGUUCUUGUGGUUGUUUAUAGUACUGUUGAUUCAUUAAUAAGGUUUUAAUGUUACACUGUUAUUAAACUGUUGAAGUCCCUUUUUGAAAUGACUCAUUGCUAGUUGAGUUAUAAGCAGUUUUUUUUUUUUUUUUAAGUUUCACUGAAACAUGCAACCCACUCCCUGAGCUCAUGCAAGAAAUCGUGAAGGGCAUUUGCAUUAAGUUUCACUCCAUUUACCUAUUUGUAGCUAUACAAAUGACUACAGAAAGGCUUGGCUUGCCGGUGGGUGAAGAAGCUCUCAGGUCUAAUUGGGACCUAGUUAUGUUUGAGGCAUCCAGUGAAAAUGAUAAGGUGAUUAAUAAAAAACUUUGCACAGAUCAAAAUGACUGAGCCAAACUCAUUUAAGGAAGGCUUAAUGAGUAUAACAACAAAUAGCUGCAUGCAAACUUUGACCAUCACUGGUGAUUAGAUACUUAUAAACACAGAUGUGAUUCUGAAGGCUUUGAUGUGAUUUGACAUUUGAUCUGAUAAGACGUCACCCUCUUAUACUAUUCUGCCCUCAAGGUCUAUCUCUUGAUUUGUGGGUUUAGGGGUUGGGAACAAUAUCAUCAGUCCACAAACCAUUCCUUUCUGUUUAGCUUCAGCUGCUGAUUACAACAAUGUUAUCCUGCUGCCCUCUGUUGGCUAGAAUGAGCACUGUAUUUUUCACUAUUUCUAGAGUUAAAAACAGGGUUUUGCCACUGUGUUAAUUUACUAUUAAACAAUUUAUCCAGUUUCCCAAAAUGCAAAUGUGGAAUUCAGCAAUGGCUGACCUAAAUCAGUGCUGGAAAUGAAAAUGAAUUUAUUUUUGCUCAUACAGCAAACCCUGCCUCUUAAAACAAAUUACAAAAACUGGAAAUAGAACAGAGUCUCAUGUUACCCCAUUUAGUGUUAACCCACUUAUACACUGCACAGCAAAUUUUACAGACAAAGUCUUUAAUAUUGAAUUUUGACUACCUUCCUGGACUGAUUUCACAUCAGUUAAGGUUCUGGUUUGUAUUUUUCCAACAUGUAAACACUUCAGUUUCAGUUGUAAUUUUCUUUUCCUUUCCUAGAUUCUUCCUGUAAAUAUGGAAAUCAUUGUGUUUGGAAAUUGUGCUCAGCUGUUUUGUACUGCACUGUUUUAUAAAUAAUGAAGCACACUGUUUAUAAAGCAUGUGAUAUUAUCUGCUAUGACGAUGUCUUGUCCCCUAUCCCGUUUUUAUAGUAGGUAGCCAGUUUAUCAGUCUAUAUGGUGGCAGUCUCAGAAGUAUAUUGAUCACUGAGUCUACAAUAGACCUGUGACACCUCCACUGUGAAAUUUGUUUUGCAAAUUUUGUGUUUUUAUUUGCUUGUGUUUUUUUUUAAUGAUUUAAUUUAACAAGAAAGUUACAUCAGAAAGAUGUGCUAGUUACACUGCAAAUAAAGAUAUAGUGCUUAGCAGAAAGGAUUCUUGUCCUGACGUGCUUAAGUUAGUGAAAUAAUCAUGAUAUACUGUUUGAGGAGGUUAUUGCUGUUCAUUUUCUAUGCAUUCAUCAAAAGCUACAAAAAUAAAUUAA